CCAGUGGCCUUCCAGGCCCCGCCGACAGACAAGAUGGCGCUGGCUGUGGCGAGUCGUGUUCUGCUGCACGCGGGAUCCCGCCUCGGGCGCAGAGAGGCCGUGAAUGGCGCGCGGCGCUUCGCUAACAAGCGGGUGCUGGUGGAGGCAGAGGACGCGGCAGGAAUUGCAGUGAUGAAGUUCAAGAACCCCCCAGUGAACUCCCUUAGCUUGGAGUUUCUGACAGAGUUUGUCAUCAGCCUGGAGAAGCUAGAGAAUGACAAGACCUUCCGUGGUGUCAUCCUCACUUCGGAUCUCCCGGGGAUUUUCUCAGCUGGCCUGGACUUGAAGGAGAUGUAUGGCCGGAACCCGGCCCAUUACGCGGAGUACUGGAAGGCUGUGCAGGAGCUGUGGCUGAGGCUCUACUUGUCCAAGCUGAUGUUAGUGUCUGCUAUCAAUGGUGCCUCUCCAGCUGGAGGCUGCCUCAUGGCUCUUACCUGUGACUAUAGGAUUAUGGCUGACAACCCCAAAUACACCAUAGGGCUGAAUGAGAGCCUGCUUGGCAUUGUUGCCCCCUUCUGGUUAAAAGAUAACUUUGUGAACACCAUUGGACACCGAGCAGCAGAGCGUGCCCUUCAGCUGGGGAUGCUCUUCCCACCAGCAGAGGCCCUCAAGCUGGGUGUGGUGGAUGAAGUAGUGCCUGAGGACCAGAUAUACAGCAAGGCUCGCUCAGUGAUGGUCCAGUGGUUGGCCAUUCCAGACCAUUCUCGGCAGCUGACCAAGAGCAUGAUGCGAAAGGCCACAGCAGACAACUUGAUCAAGCAGCGGGAGGCUGACAUCCAGAAUUUCAUCAGCUUCAUCUCCCGAGACUCUAUCCAGAAGUCCCUGCAGGUGUACUUAGAAAAGCUCAAGCAAAAGAGGGGCUAAAGCAAGGCUGCCACACGGGCAUUUAGUCACAUGUGCCUUCUGGGGACCCACUGGUCCCAAGGAUUAUAAACAAGGUCUUUUUCAACUUAAAAA